CCCAUCUCUCCAAGCACCAGCCCGUUUUCCAGCCUCCAUCCCAGCUCUGCUGUCCUUCCUUCUCUGCCCAAGCCCCCACCUUGCUCUGCAGCCCAGGACAGUCACUGUUCCCAGAAGAAGAGUGGAGGAGCAGCGGGGUGGACGAGAAAAGGAAAAUGCAGACAGAGAAGCACCUCACGGGAACAUUGGUCCUCUCCGUCUUCACUGCAGUGUUGGGCUUCUUCCAGUAUGGCUACAGCCUGGGGGUCAUUAAUGCCCCCCAGAAGGUGAUAGAAGCACACUACGGGCGUGUGCUGGGCAUUGUCUCUCCAGACAAAUAUGCCACCAAUGCCUCUGGGGAGGAUGGCACAUUCCUCCAGGCUGGCACAGAAGGCACACUCCCAGCCCCGACUGACAUCAGUGAGGACCUUGCUACCUCCCCACACAUCCUCACCAUGUACUGGUCCCUGUCUGUGUCCGUGUUCGCCAUUGGGGGUAUGGUCUCCUCCUUCACUGUGGGCUGGAUCGGCGACCGGCUUGGGAGAGUGAAAGCCAUGCUGGUGGUGAACGUCCUCUCCAUUGCUGGGAACCUCCUCAUGGGGCUGGCGAAAUUUGGGCCAUCCCACAUCCUCAUCAUCUCUGGGAGAGCGGUCACGGGGCUGUACUGCGGGCUCUCCUCUGGACUCGUGCCCAUGUAUGUCAGCGAGGUCUCUCCCACGGCCCUUCGAGGAGCACUGGGGACACUGCACCAGCUCGCAAUUGUCACGGGCAUCCUCUUCAGCCAGAUCCUUGGACUAGACUUUCUUCUGGGCAAUGAUGAGAUGUGGCCCCUGCUCCUUGGUCUGUCUGGCGUGGCUGCCCUGCUGCAGUUCUUCCUGCUCUUACUGUGCCCUGAGAGCCCCCGCUAUCUUUACAUCAAACUGGGGAAGGUGGAGGAAGCUAAAAAAAAUUUGAAAAGGCUUAGAGGAAACUGUGAUCCAAUGAAAGAGAUUGAAGAGAUGGAAAAGGAAAAGCAAGAAGCUGCUAGUGAAAAGAAAGUCUCCAUAAGACAGCUUUUCACCUCUUCCAAGUACAGGCAGGCUGUCAUUGUGGCGCUGAUGGUGCAAAUAUCCCAGCAGUUCUCGGGAAUCAAUGCGAUCUUUUACUACUCCACAAACAUUUUCGAGAGAGCUGGCGUUGACCAACCAGUUUAUGCAACCAUCGGUGUUGGAGUGGUGAACACGGUCUUCACUGUUAUCUCUGUCUUUCUGGUGGAGAAGGCGGGCAGGCGGUCCCUAUUCCUGGCAGGUUUGAUGGGCAUGUUAGUCAGCGCCGUGGCCAUGACAGUUGGGCUUGUGCUCCUGGAUCUGUGUGGACCAUAUGUGUUUGCAAUCUUUGCGGGUCUGCUCCUCAUCUUCUUCCUGUUUGCACACUUCAAAGUGCCGGAGACAAAAGGAAAGUCCUUUGAGGAGAUUGCAGCCGUGUUCCGCCGCAAGAAGCUCUCGGCCAAAGCCAUGACUGAGCUGCAAGACCUGCGACGCAGCGAGGAGGCAUAGACAGCCCGUGCACCCAGAAAGGAGGGACUGGGCAUGCACCUCCUUCAGGCACCAUGGGAAGAGUGCUGGGCAAAAGUCUCGUUUCACAAAAACCUUGCAGCUGGCAGACCAGGAGGACCCAUCCAUCGGAUUCCUUCUGGCUGCUGCGGUUCACACCUCCUAGCCACAGGUGCCAACCUGGAAUUUUACUCUGAGACAUUUGGGACAACUGGGCUGCAGGAAGAGCUAGGGAAAGGACAGGAGGAGUCCAUCUCAAUGCCCUGCUGGAAGAGCCCAGUGGGACAGUGAUCUUACCAGACAGGAUUGAGCAGGGCCGUCUCUUAGCAGAAAUGAAGGAAAGACGGGCUGGCUGAUGCUGCAGCCUUAUGUUUUCACUUUUUUAUCCCUAUCUCUCUGCUUCAUUCUGCUGAGUGACCUGGUGCCUUUAAAAUCCAACUGCUCAUGCAGUUGUGCCACCAGCACACAGCACUGAUCACCCCAGAUGCUAAGGAAAACAGGUGGAGCAAACACCCCCUUACUCUUGCUUCUGCAGAUGGAGAUGGUGGAUCCCACCUGAACUGGUUGGGAUGUACUUUCCUUGCUUUUCUAUCUGUGCAUUAUGGAAAUGCAGAAAUGCAGUCUGAUCUCAUAAGGAUUUCUCAGUUGUAAUAUUUUUUUUUUUUUAGAACCUUAGAAACUGUGGCUGGGCUGAUGGGCACUUUUCCUACAUUUCAGCCAGACUACUUAGUUCUCUCUUUCCUUCCAGGAAGCCUCUCCUCUCCCCCUUCUCACUGCUACAGCACAAGGUACAGCACAACACUGACCACACAAAAAGCCUGGGCACUCUUGGCCUCCAUGUGAGGAGACUCGAGCUCUGCUGCCACCCCUUCUGUGGUGUGACCAUUGCCAGGGCACCUCCUUCCCCAUCUGCACCUUCCUUCCCUUCCUUUCAUACAGUGCUCAAUACCCACAGGCUCCAGGUCCAGCCAAGGGCUCAGGCUGCUCACAGAGCAACAAUUAAUAAUGACCCAAAGAAGAAAUGGGUAUUAGAAGGUUAACUGGAAGGUGCCACUUACCUAACUCCCAUUUUGCAUCACCUAGCCUUUUGCUGGCUGGGUGUACUUCAGCCAAGAUAGUGUGCAAGCAGGAGGUCAUGCUGUUUUCAUAGCCUUGUUUGUGCUCCUUUUGCUUCUUCAUGAGACAUUUUUAUAUGUCAGAAUCAAACUCCAAGGAUUUUUCUUCCUUUUUUGGGGGCAUAUUUUGGAACCAUUGUAAAAGCCUGCUCUCUGCUUGACUUUUAAUAUUUGCAUGUUCUGUGUUGUGAUACCAGGUUACUUUUUAGCAACUUUCUCAGGUUAGAAACCCAUUAUUUAUUUAGAGAUGAAACACUGUCAUUGCUUGGUCACUGUGUGCUCACCACAGCUGCUGGUGAAGCAGUGGCCAAAACGUAAUAGAGGAUCGAGCACAAUGAAAAGCACAAAAUAGAUGGGCUGAGGAGGAUCACACUGCUGCUAUGGGUUUGGUUUUAGGGGAGGAUCAUGCUCCUUUCCAUGUGCCUGAACUUUUUUCCUUUUUAGACUUUACUGUCUUGGUAUUAAGACCUUACAGCACACUCUGGUCACUUCCAAGUGAUGGGAAGAGCAGCCACGUGGUCCACUGGCAGAAAUUCCUGGCCCUGGUGUGUGCACUGAAGCAGUAAGAUUGCACCAAAGGCUUUGCUGGCGUGACUGCUGGGAUUUAACUAGAGGAGAACUGGGUCAAUACUGUCAUGUGCUGCAGUGGUGGGUGACCUGGGUCUGACAUGGGGCGUGCAGGGCUGCUGGAACCAGAUCCCAGGCUCAGGAUGAGAAGAGAGCAGCAGAGCUGGGGCACAGGUCUGUGUGGAGCUGUCCAUUUGUGUGCUGCACACAGGUCCCCCCAGGUGACACCAACAGCCACAGCAGGCUCAGAAUCUCUCCACUGGCUGUGUUUACUGUAAGUUAAAUAUAAUGGACUGUCUGAAUGUACAAAAAGGAGCAAAAUAGGACUCUUGCUAUCAGCAUUGUUAUCUAGGUCUGUUAGAUAAAAGAUGAAUAACAUCUAUGUCAUGUGAUGGCUUGCGCUGCUGUUUUUCCCCCUCUGUACAUCUCAGACAUACAUCCAGUGCCAGAUAGGAGCUAUUUUCCUAGCAGGACACAUUUGCUCCACAGGUGGUAAAAGCUAUGCAAGCCCUCAGCUAAAUCCCUUUGAAAGAGGUGGUCCAGAGGUGAGCCUUGGGGUUGGAGGCAGCCUUGGAGCCAGUGGCAGCUGGCUUUGGGCUGGGAUAGACUGGAGGGGUGCCAAUGUUUGGCCCCAGCUGUCCACACUGCCCACUUCACCCCACUGUGAAGCACCUCUGCUUGCAUGGUGCUGGUGCAGCCUAAAACCUGGUGGUGGGGCCUCUGUAGGCAUGAGGAGCAUUUCGGGAGAAGUGAGGUUCAAAGCAGAUUUGCUGCUGCUCUGACGGCUCAGCCAGGCUGGGUUCCCUGUGAUCAUCCAGGGGGCAUGAAAUUAUUUCCUAAAAUUCUGUUAAGUUUUGUCCUGUUGUCUGGGGGCAUCGGUGCCUCUGCCGGCAGCUCAGCAGUGAGGGGCCUUACUGAUCAACACUGAGCAGUCAGUCCUGGUUUUCCUGUGUCACUGGUGACUUGACUGACAAUAGAAAGCCCAGUCCAGUUACUGUGGCUUAGCACAUAAAUCAGUUUAACAAAGCCCACAGCAUUAACACUGCCCACAGCUACAACACUGAACUUCCCAGAAGAGCUGCCUCGAGGUUCAGAGGCACCUAAGGAAAAUGGAGUGUCAGGCUGUGUUUCCUUGUAGCAGCUGCCAUGUGGAAGUUAAGGGAGUUUUUUCCUUCCAGCCUGGGACAGGAUGAGCAGAGUAAGGCACUGCUGGCCCUUUGUCCCGCCCAUGGCUGCAGUGAAGGAUCAAGCUGGGCUUUACUACCAAAAGAGCACUUGAGCCAUAUGCCAGCACAGGACAGGGUCAUUAGAGUUAGUUAAAUCUGACUAUAUGUUUACUUUUGUCUCAUCCCAUCAUGCUGAUAAUUAGGACUGUACAUUUUAUCCGUCCUUGCUACAUGCAAGUUCCAGUUAAAACUUGUUCUUGAGACACAGCUUGUUGAAUCAUUAUUUUUAUCUCUCACCAUUACAGUUUUACUACGUUGCUAAUCAUUAAGAAAAUUUAAAAGACUAAGUCAAACUUGUUUGCUAAAUGGUCAUUGCUUUUUAGUAACAUGCUAAAUAUGUUCUCUUACCAUCCCUGGCUAAUAAUGCAAUAUAAUUAAUAAUCCCUGAGAAAGCAUCUUGUCAGCAAGAGCUUUGACAGUGUUUUCCUAAUGUGCUGAGACAACAGCCAUUAGGACUUUUCUGUUGUGCCAACGGUAUCUAGUCUCCCACUAUCUAGGCUUAAUUUUAAAAUUAGUUUGACUUCCCUAAUUCAAUAAACUCAGGACAUUUGGCCCCAUUAACGCUCUCCACACUAAUUUAUCACAGGUUUUUCUGCCUCACUUCAACUUGUUUUUCAUCACUGAGAAGCACUACCGUCUAUCUCUGGAGUCAAAUAGCUGAUAAUGGUGAAGCUAACCCAAGUACUACGUAUGCAGGGACAGUCUUUGGUCUUUGAGGAAUUUUCUGAGGUGUUCAAUGUCCUUAUCUUCACUAGAAAUUUAUAGGAGCUGAGGAAUUUCAAGGGACGAUAUCAGGUCUGGAUCCAGCAGAAUGUGUAAGCAUCAGAUUAAAUUUAAGGUAACUGAGUGUGUUCAAGUAUUUUACUAAAUCCUGAAGCAACAGUAGCAAAUUUCACCCAGAGGCACAGCCUGAGUAGCUGCGCUGAAAGGAAAGGAAUCUCCUCCCCAGCACUGGGGCAAUAAAUCCUGGCUGCAGAUCAGCAGUCCUUAAGUUUUACAGGCUGGAGAUACAACUGCAGACCCAAGGCUUGGGUAGUGUCCUGCGUUUUGCCUCCCUGCACUCUGUUCAGGAGAGAGAGCGGCUCUGUGACUCUGAAAAACUUCAGGCUCCCACAGGUCAGGGUGGAAUAUCACUGCUCCAGCACUGUGCAGCCCCAGGAGGGAACAGCUGGAGUUACUUUGUGCUUUCCUUCUUCCCUGUGGGGAAGUUACAAUUACAGUGGUUCCUGCUAGCUCACAGUGUCACCCACUGUUGAACUGUCACCGCUUGCCUUUGAUCCCCAACAUGUGCGCAGGGUGAUUCCCUGGGUAUUCCCACGCAGCUCGGCACAGGAAGCAGAUGGUGAACACCAGGAAUAAAGCAGUGCCCAGAGCAGAGGGGGUGCCUAUGGCAAGGUGACUACAGAGGGUCCUUGACCCCAUUCCUGCAACAGACACACUGUACCUAGGAGCUCUGAGGGCCUGCUGAGCGUGGCACUGUCCUGUGGAGGGGGAUCACUGUUCCACAGCUUCUCUCAGGUCCUCCUGCUCAAGGCUGUGCCCACAAGCCAGCGUGAACCCUCACCCCAACAGUCAGGACAUGAUGGGAUCCCAGGAAAGUCAGCUCAGCAGCUGAAACAGAGACACUGCUCAGGUUGGAACAGGGCUGUUUACACCACUCCACUCAUGACCUGGUAUUUCUAAUCGUGUGACCUGACCCCACAGCCCAGAGGUGUAAACACCACCUCCUGCCUUCCAUGGGCCGCCUGGAAACAGGUGGGAUGUUUCUGGAAACAGGUGGGAUGUUUACCCCAGCACUGGCUGAAAUGCAUAUUCUCAAGGCUGGGCUUUGAUGAGGUGCUUUAGGGCAUCAGACAUUUCUCCAGGACAUUACUGAGAACAGACCCAACUGGCUCAUUUUAAAUCUUCCUGAAGUUUUCUAGUCCCUCUUCACUUCUUAAAGACACAGAUAUGAGAAGAAAAACUUGAUAACAUCUGUGCCUACUUGAGAGAAAAAGGUGUGUGAUCCAGCUGUGCAACACUGGAAAGAAAACAACUUUAAAUGUGAAAGGCCAUGGUAUUUCAUUUACAAAUAUGCUUUGAAUCAAAUUGCUGUUCUUGUAUAGAAAAGUGGGAUAAUCACAUUAAUACUAUCAAGAACUGCACUUUAGAAAAUUAAUGUCAAUCUAGACAAAGGAACGAUGCCUGCAGGCAAUAACUGAUGGAUUGGAUUUCCAAUGUUUUUUAUUGAAUCUCAAAUAAAAGCUGUCUUGGAAUAUU